CUGGCUAAGUGCACCUCCGAGGGCCUCCGGCCUCUGCCAGCCCCCCGUGGGCUCCCACACAACCAGCCCGCGGUCUUGCCGCCACGGGGUGCCAGGGGACCGCAUCCCCCAGCAGCCCCACAGCCUUCUCCUGAGGAGACCGCUUUCGUGGCCGUGCUCAUUAUGAGCGGCCCCAAGUACAGCGAGCGUCGCAGCAUCAUCCGCAGCACGUGGCUCUCGACCGCCGGGCGCUCCCCUCACGACGAUGUCUGGAGCCGCUUUGUCGUCAGCACGGGUGGGCUCGGCGCAGAGGAGCUUCGUAGCCUGGAGCUAGAGCAGAGCCGGCACAGAGACCUCCUCCUUCUGCCAGAGCUGCGGGAUUCCUACGAGAACCUGACUGCUAAAGUCCUGGCCACGUACGCCUGGCUGGAUCUGCACCUGGACUUCCAGUUUGUCCUCAAGGCUGAUGACGACACCUUCGUGCGCUUGGAUGUGCUCGUGGAAGAGCUGAGAGCCAAGGAGCCGCGUCGCCUCUAUUGGGGCUUCUUUUCUGGCCGCGGUCGAGUGAAAUCUGGUGGCAAAUGGAAAGAGAGUGCCUGGGUGCUCUGUGACUACUAUCUACCAUAUGCUCUGGGGGGUGGUUAUGUGAUUUCUGCAGAUCUGGUGCACUAUUUGCGUCUUAGCAGAGACUACCUGAACAUGUGGCAGAGCGAAGAUGUCUCCUUGGGGGUAUGGCUGGCUCCCAUUGAUGUGAAGAGAGUCCACGACCCUCGUUUUGACACUGAGUAUAAGUCACGAGGUUGCAACAAUAAGUACAUAGUAACUCAUAAGCAAAGCAUUGAGGACAUGCUGGAAAAGCACCAGACCCUGGCUAAAGAAGGAAAGCUCUGUAAGGAGGAGGUUAAGCUCAGGCUUUCCUACAUGUACGACUGGGGAGUGCCUCCUUCACAGUGUUGCCAAAGGAAGGAUGGCAUCCCAUGA